UGGCGUUGGUCGGUGUAGGGGAGGCUCCUGGUUCCCGAAGCAGCUGCAUCUGCGGGAGGAAUCCGGCUUGGCUUUCUACGCCCUUUGGUCCUCUUAUGGCGGCGCCGGCACUUCCUUCGUCCCCGCUCCGCCGCCGGCCACUGCUGCUCGGCCAGGUGGACGGCUCUCCGGACCACGCCGUGACCAUGGCGGCCCUGGUGCCCAAGGAGGACGGCUUCCUCAGCGUCUCGGAGGACAGAACUGUUCGUGUGUGGCUGAAGAGAGACAGUGGUCAGUAUUGGCCUAGCAUAUACCACUCACUGCCUUCUCCGUGUUCGUGCAUGUGCAUUAACCCAGAAACAAGGAGGCUGUCUGUCGGUCUAGAUAACGGCACAAUCUCAGAAUUUAUUUUAUCAGAAGAUUACAACAAGAUGACUCCAGUUAAAAGUUACCAGGCUCACCAGAGCAGGGUUUUGAUGGUUCUGUUUGUUCUGGAGAUGGAAUGGAUCCUGAGCAUAGGACAGGAUAAGCAUUUCACGUGGCAUUGCUCAGAAAGUGGGCAGCGACUUGGCAGUUACCGCAUUAGUGCAGGUGCUUGUGGACUCCAAUUUGAUAUGGAGACCCGGCAUGUUUUUAUCGGUGAUCAUUCUGGGCAAGUGACCAUCCUGAAACUGGACCAAGAGAACAGCAACCUGAUCACAACUUUUAGGGGACAUACAGGUGGAAUCACUGCCCUCUGUUGGGAUCCUGUGCAGCGUGUCUUGUUCUCCGGCAGUUCUGAUCAUACCAUUAUUAUGUGGGACAUCGGAGGAAGAAAAGGAACAGCCAUCGAACUGCAAGGACACAAUGAUAAAGUUCAAUCCCUCUUCUAUGCCCAUCACACACGCCAGCUUAUCUCUUGUGGAGCAGAUGGAGGAAUCGUCGUCUGGAAUAUGGAUGUUGAGAGGCAAGAGACGCCUGAAUGGCUGGAUAGCGACUCUUGUCAAAAGUGUGAUCAGCCGUUCUUCUGGAACUUCAAACAAAUGUGGGACUGCAAGAAAAUAGGCCUUAGACAGCAUCAUUGCCGGAAGUGCGGGAAAGCAGUAUGUGGCAAGUGCAGUUCAAAACGCUCUUCCAUACCACUGAUGGGGUUCGAAUUUGAUGUGAGAGUCUGUGAUAGUUGUUACGAAUCAAUAACAGAUGAGGAGCGUGCUCCCACAGCCACUUUCCAUGACAGCAAACACAAUGUCGUCCAUGUACACUUUGAUGCAACACGAGGGUGGCUCCUGACAUCUGGGACAGACAAAGUUAUUAAGUUGUGGGAUAUGACACCUGUAGUAUCUUGAUGCAUCGGUGAAACACAAAGCAUUACUGAAGAAGGGAUUCUUAAUGUACUGCAGAAGAUGAGAUGAAGCAAGCUGUGUGGCGACUGUUAACUUCCGGAUGGUUUUUCAAGUGAUGUACUAGAUCCAGGGUGAACACUUGCACCAAACACUCUACUUCUUUGUUCUCAAAAUGCAAGAAAUAUUUUUUAAAACGUAACAACUAUACAAUCUGGCUCUGCUCAGCCAUUUGGAACUUGUCUGGGAAGUCUGUGUGCGGUGCGUGUUUCAUGUUCUCUGUCGACUUGUGCUGUUUGGCGUGGAGGAAUUCUUGCAAAUGUGAGUAGCAUUCUGCAAUAUUAGGUGAGAAAGGCUGAAUCUGCUCUUAGGGGCUAAAAGAAAAGCAAAGGAUUCCUCUUUCUAUCUUUUCCAGCAGAGUCAUUGAGCAAGAACCUUAACAGUAAAGGUAGUCUUUGCAACGACAUUCUAGCAAAUGGUACUGUGGGUUGUGAGGGGAAAGAAAAAGUGAGACAACGUCCAGUCUUUUUCAUUGCAUAGCCAAGAGAAUGCUUGUUUAGCAACAAAUUCUAAAGUGGCUAAACUAUGUUUCAGGCUUGACCCAUGAGCAUGGAAACCAGUUCAAACUGAGGGCUGCAUAAAAUAGUUUUAUGCAAUUGCCACACCUUGUCAGUGUGGAAAUAUUCUUGUUUAGCUGGACCAGUGAUACCUGAACAUUUUUUUUUUUGAAGGUGGGGUGAGAAUUAUGCUAGUGUUACUGGGCAUGGUUUGAAACUAACUAUUCCAUUCCUGUCAUCUCUCUGGCAGGAUGUGUUUUUUAAAUUGCUGAUAACUCUAAUUUGUUUCUAAUUCUCAAUGUUGCCCCCCCCCCCAAUUAAUGUGGUUAAAUUUCAUAUUGUUCUGCUGCCUUUUUCAAAAAGUAAAUUGCUGAAAUAAAAACUUCCUUUCAUAGCAUCUGGUAUAGGAGGCUCGUCUAUUUUAAUUUUCUUCCAAACUGGGAAGGUCCUCCUAUAGGGAAAUCUUCCACUCAGCU